AGACAUACACUAUAAAAGAAUAAAAGGAAAUGCAAUGAAAUGAGAGUGGCUUUGAAAACUGCGACAAGGUUUCUUGCGGUGCAACCCAGACCCAGUUUCAGUGGUUUCUCACUGUCACAAACGCCCACUGUUCUUCCUCUUCUCAACUCUCACCGUCCCGCCAAAACCAAAACCCUCCUACGAACUACGACGCUGUCGUUUCGUAGUUCCGCUUCCGCACCAAUGUCUACGAUGCCGGUUCGUCACAAAAUCGAACUCUCCGCCACGGAGAAGAGCAUCUUCGAUAGGCUUCUCGCUACUCUUCACCACUUUCACCUCCAAACUCAGCUCCGAGUUGCCGGCGGCUGGGUUCGCGACAAGCUUCUUGGAAAAGAUUGCUACGACAUUGAUAUCGCUCUGGACAAUAUGAUGGGUACUGAGUUUGUGGAUAAGGUGAGGGAGUACUUGUUGUCCAUUGGCGAAGAUGCACAGGGAGUUUGUGUUAUCGAAAGCAAUCCUGACCAGUCCAAACAUUUGGAAACAGCCAGGAUGCGUUUGUUUGAUAUAUGGAUUGAUUUUGUUAACCUAAGGAGUGAAGAAUACACUGAGAAUAGCCGCAUUCCUUCUAAGCAAAGAUUUGGCACAGCAGAAGAGGAUGCAUAUAGGAGGGAUUUGACAAUUAACAGCUUAUUCUACAAUAUCAACACUGACUCAGUUGAAGAUUUCACUAAGAGAGGGAUCUCAGAUCUGAAGUAUGGAAAGAUAGUGACUCCUUUACCUCCGAAGGCCACAUUUCUUGAUGAUCCAUUACGAGUUCUUCGAGCUAUUCGAUUUGGUGCUAGAUUUGAAUUUACUCUAGAUGAAGAUCUGAAAGUAGCUGCUGCAUGUGAUGAUGUGAAAGAUGCUCUGGCUGCUAAAAUUAGCAGAGAGCGCAUUGGAACGGAGAUUGAUCUUAUGAUAUCUGGAAAUCAACCUGUCAAAGCAAUAACUCAUAUUUGUGAGCUGACACUGUUUUGGAUUGUAUUCAGUCUUCCUCCUGAGUAUGAACCUGUCAUUUCAGAUGGGUGUGAAAGGCAUUGCAUUUCUUGCUUGGAUACUGCAUGGAACCUUAUCCAUUCACUUGGAGAGUCAACAUUUACAGCUGAACAAAAAAGGUUAACACUUUAUACGGCUUUGUUUCUCCCACUCAGAUAUACCACUUACAAAGAAAAGAAAGCUAAGAAGAUUCCUGUUGUCAGUCAUAUUAUCCGGGAGUCUCUCAAGCGAAAAGCUAAGGAUGCUGAAAUGGUGCUUGACUUACACCAAGCAUCACAUAAAUUCUUGUCAUUGAUCCCUUGUCUUGCAUCUAGUGAGGAUGUCCAACUAGUCGAUCAUGAUUGGAUGAGAGACUUGAUUGAUGUUCCUGUCUCUUCUAGAGUCCGGGUACUAACAGGGUUUCUCUUAAGAGAGCUUAAAGAUUUUUGGCGAGUUGCCCUGUUGAUAUCCACAAUAUUACAUCCCAUUGACAUUAAGGAUGACUCUUCACAGGUGGUCAAACAAAGAGAUCUGUUUAAUGCUGUGGAGAAAUCUAUAACCAAACUAGGCCUUGAGAAAGUAUGGGACAUAAAACAAUUAAUCAAUGGCAAAGAUGUUAUGAAUGUUCUACAGCUCAGAGGAGGACCGCUCGUUAAGGAGUGGCUGGAUAAAGCAAUGGCUUGGCAACUUGCCCAUCCAUCUGGAACUGCAGAUGAAUGCAUUGAAUGGUUGAGAGAAACCAAUUCUAAGCGUGUAAAGUUGGAGUGAGGUUAAUUGCCUUGGUCAAUUGUCUAUUGCAUACCCUGUCAUGGAGCUUGGCCGGUUGGCUGCGUGGCGUACAUAAUAUUGGGAAUACUACACACUCUUCGCUUGAAAGUUCAGCCGCCAUUCGCAACUUUAUAAAGCCUGUAGCAGUUCCUGGUCUCUUAGGGGUGUAAAUUUGCACCGGUGAAGUAUAAUUUAUUUAUUUAUUGCGUGAUUUUGACUGAAGAAAGAACGAGAAAUAGAUACUUUAGGUACCGCACAUUUUCUUAAAACAUUAGAUAAUAUACUCUUUUUUUUCCCUGAACGAUUCAAAUUGUGCAUACCUCCCUAGGAACUUUGACGAUUGAGUUUCCCAAUCCGGAAUCAAGUAACCAUUUGUAUUUCGAUAAAUGACAUCAAUUCCUUAGCUUUAUUUUAUCUUCGCUUCUCAGGAACAUAAUUCAUUGGGAGACAAUAUUUCCAUCGAACUCUAGUUUUAUGUUUCUUUCUUAUUUCUUCUGUUAAGUUGUUAUUAUUAUUAUUAAUAUAACAAAAACAAUUGCUAUUGUUAU